AUGCCUCUCGCCCGGCGGCGCAUCGGCUCGUCCUUCGAGUAUGGCCACCCGGACCUGUACCAGAACUCCCAGGCGGACACGAUGCUGCAAGACGUGACGAUGGCCUCGUCGACAGGCACGCUCGCGCAAAUUGGGCUCCUGAGCCACUACGCGACCGAACUGUUCUCGGACUUAUUUACGACGGCACAAGGCUUGCAGGAACGCCUGGAUUCCGCGACGUCGCGCGUGCGCACGUUGAACGCGCAGCUGCCUCGAGUGUGUGAUGUUGUGGCGAGAUGUGACGGCGAUAGUGUUCAUAGAAGUGGCACGCUACCGGAGCGGGAGCACCCGCAGCGCGUCCAGUUUACGGUGGAGACGAUGCCGCGAGGGCUGCGGGAGCGGUACGACGCGCUCGAGCCGCCGCCCGAUUUUUCUAGAAUUGAUGCUUUACUACCUCCAGAGGUCCUGGAGAAGGAAGGGCCGUCGUCGCAAAAGUUCUCGCACCCCGGUCUAUUCUUGGACCAGUGGGCUCAGGAAGAACUGCGGAAGAUGGAGGAGUUGAAGAAGCGGCGCCAGGAGGAACGCGAGGAGCGGCGGCGACGGCGGAAGGCGCUUCCCAAAAGAGAGAGGAAGCCGGUGCCGAAGGUCGAGGCGCCGCCUCUUAUUGCGGAGGACCAAGCGCCUCCGGCGGAGAGCGCGCCUGUUACGCCAGCGACGCGCGAGGAGCGGCCGACGAUCGAGAUCCCAGAAACGCCGCCGCCCGUCGUGCCGCCGCCGACCAUCGACAACUCGCCGUCCGCGCGCGAGUCCGAGGACUACGCGCGCUUCGCGCGCAUGCUGCGCAUGGGCGUUCCCAAGCAAGCCGUCGCGGCCAAGAUGCAAGCCGAAGGUCUGGAUCCGUCUGUGUUGGACGACAGCGACGACGACAGCGCGGCGUCGCCCGUCCAACCACAAAUCGCGCGCAAGAAGCCGCCGCCGCCGCCCAUGCCGCGGAAGAAGCCUCCUCCGCCUCCGAUGCCGAAGACAGCGGCGCAGCCGUCCCCACCGAAGAAGAAGCCGCCGCCGCCGCCCAUGCCCAAGGCGAAGGCGCCCGCGAUGCCGUCCGGUUUACUAGGAGCCAUCCAGCGCGGCGCGGCGCUCAAGGAGGUGGAAUCGGCGCCGCGACCGGAGCGGCCCGAGAGCGCGCUGCUCCAGGCCAUCAAGUCCGGCGGGACGCUGCGGAAAGUGGUCCGAGAGCAGAAGCCGCGGCCCGCGCGGCGGGGCCUGUUCGGCGGCGAGGUGGACAAGAUCCUCGCGCUCCGCGCGCGCGUCGGCGCCGAGACGGACUCCUCGAGCGGCUCCGAGUGGGACGCAGGGAGCGACUCGGGUUAAUUUUUGUGUGGUUUUCUUAGGCGCCUAGUGGCCGAGCUGGUAGAUGAAUGGCGUGUACUGGCAACGCCAGUAGCCGAGGAUGUGCCAGGCGAUCUCCGGCGGACACCGGACGAGGAAUUCGAGGCUUCGCAUGUUCGGGCCGUUGUGGCGCGUCGCACGCGGGAGGACGGCGCGCCGUCGAAGCGCGAGGCUCCGGAGCCGAAGGACCGCCGCGCGAGGUCUCCGGUCGUAAGCUCUCCAGCCGCCGGCCGCGCGUACCCCUGCGACCACGACCCUCAGGGCAUCGAAGCAGUUGCCGGGGGGCAGGGGCGGGUCAGCCCGGUUUUCUUGUUCAUCCAGAAGCAGUUCGGAGGAAUGGAUAGUUCCAGUUACCGGGUUCCUCCAAGCACAAUCCAGCGACGGCAGAGCUCGCAUUAGCAAGAGUGACAUCUCCAUGCCAGAACGUGACGGUCCGGCUUGUCUCAUUCUCUGGUACACCAGCGACAGCGGAUUAUGGUUUCGAUAAUUCAGCGCGAGAACGUUUGCCCCCGCGUUGAGCAAAAGAGCCGCUAGAGGGACCUCGGGCCCGGAUUCUGAAUGGCUACUCUCCCUGGCACGGCCAUAAUUCCGACCAUGUGCAGCGUAAUGGAGCGGCGUGUACCCAUGUUGGUCGCUGUGGUUCACGUCCGCGCCUCGCGCGAGCAAGAGCGGGUGUCCCGAAGCCCGCGGUGGCCCAGAAGAUGCGGACCGACGGGUUGGAUCCCUCGGUCCUGGACGAUAGCGACGACGACAGUAGUGUGGACUCGUCCGUGACGUCGAAGCGGUCGUCGGCGCCGCCGCCUCCCCCAUUGCCGCGGCCGGCGGUGGUCGUCGAGGACGAGCCCGUGCGAGCCGCGACGCCGACGCAGGGUCUUAUGUCCGGCAAUUUGUUGUCAGCUAUUCAACAAGGGACUACUCUAAAAAAAGCGGUUGUGGAGGAAGAAGAAGUCCGAGAGAAGCCGAACGACCUGCUGAGCGCCAUCAAGCGCGGCGCGAACCUGCGGAAAGUGUCCGACGCGCCGCCCGCCGAGCCGCCGAAGACGCAGGGUCGGGGCGGAUUAUUAGGAAACGAGGUCGACAAGAUCCUCAACCUGCGGGCGAAGAUCGCGGCGGCGUCGGAGUCGUCUUCAUCAGACUCGGGGAGCGACUGGGACUAA